CGACAAAUCUCGAAAAGCGAACGCACGUCAAACUACCGCAACCAUGGCUGACGAAUACGACCCAGUUGAGGCUGCCGAGAUCAAGAAGAAGAGAACGUUCCGCAAGUUCUCCUACCGUGGCAUCGACCUCGACCAACUGCUGGACCUGUCCUCCGACCAACUGCGCGAUGUCGUCCACGCCCGCGCCCGCCGCCGGUUCAACCGCGGUCUCAAGCGCAAGCCCAUGGGCCUGAUCAAGAAGCUGCGCAAGGCCAAGCAAGAGGCCAAGCCCAACGAGAAGCCCGACCUCGUCAAGACCCACCUCCGAGAUAUGAUUGUGGUGCCUGAGAUGAUCGGCAGCGUCAUUGGUAUCUACUCUGGAAAGGAGUUCAACCAGGUCGAAAUUAAGCCCGAGAUGGUCGGUCACUACUUGGGAGAGUUCUCCAUCUCUUACCACCCCGUCAAGCACGGAAGACCUGGUAUUGGUGCUACGCACUCUUCGCGUUUCAUUCCUCUCAAGUAA